UUAAGCACGCUAAGGGGAAGGAAAUUGUUUGGGGAGAGUGAUUGUGAUUUUAAAUAAGGUGGUCAGAGAGGAAGGUGAAGGUGCUGGAGCCAGCCUUGCAGAUACCUGGGAGAAGAGUGUUCCAAGCUGCAGCCCAAUGUAUCCUCUUGUAAGUCUGGGACUUUGGCUGUAACUUCCCGUCUGGGAUGGAGUGGAGAAGAAACAACUCAAAUCCUGCCCUGCAUGGCUUCCUGGGGAGGGGAACCUGCCCCAAAGGAUUCAAAUGCUGCGGUGAGGGCUGCUGCCAGGAAAAUGAGUUCUUCUCCGGCCCCUUGAGGGUCUUCGUCGUCAUCUUCCUGGUCAUCCUGCCCCUCUUGUGCAUCUGUGGCCUGGCUAAGCGUUUCUGUCGCAACUGCAGAGAGCCGGAGCAGGGCCCCCCAGUGGAUCACCAGGGGCCCCCGGAACUGCCCUCCGUAGCCCCCCCAGAGAGGGUCAUGGCAUCCAUUGCUGAGCCACCACCCCCCUACAGUGAGGUCGUUAUGAAGCCCACCCUGGCCCUCAGGCCCACAGAACCGCCCCCUCCCUACAACUUUAGGCCCGAAGAAUAUGGGGGUCAGAGGGGCAUUGACAACCCAGCCUUCUGAGCUGCCUCCUGCCUGGAAUCCUGCUGGCAGCAACCUCCCUGCAGCAUCUCCUGGAGCAAUCCAGAGACUUCUGGAACCCUGGCAUGCACCCCUCAUCCUGCCAUGGCACUGGUCCUUCUUGGAUUUAACUUAUUAUUUUUCCUGCCCCUGUUCCACCCAGCUGCCUCUCUUGUCCCGAGGGCUGAGCUGGAGCGACAGUACCUGCUACCACCCAACCCGUGUUAGAGGCUGCCAGGAGGAAAAUGCCAGCCGUUGGAGGUGCCCAGCAGUGGAAUGGGCUACUCUGAGGGGUAGUAAGAGCCCCAUUUCUAGAGGUAUGCAAAUCUCCAGUGGACAGCCAACUCUGAGAUAUUUUGAGGGCACCUCUGUGCCCACAGGAGAUUGGACUAGAUGAGCUCUGAGCCACCUUCCAAUGCUACUUGAGCAGAGAAGACCUCAUUGUACCCCCCAACACAUGCACAAAGUACUUGUACUCACUAAAUUUUAGCAGAUUGUG